AUGAAUUCGGAUGUUGAAAAGAGCUUUUUGUAUCAGAAGCUGCGGAGGGACUGUGGUUUAAUGGCCAGUAAAUCACCGUAUGUUACAUAUACUCUCUCGAAUGGUUCCGAAAUUUAUACUGCCUCAAAUCGGGAGAUCACUGUGGUUUCUUUGAAUAGAGUGCAGAAUUCUAGUUCUAAACUUGAUGUUAAACUAGACUUUGAUCCAACUGCUGUAUGCGUGAAUAGAAACGAGGAUUUAAUGUGCUUUUACAAUUCAAAAGCCUGCCACAUAAUGAGCAUUAACCCCCCUGGCUCUCAAAUAACGUUUACAAAGGUUUACAAGUUGUCACUUCCUUUGGAAAAAGAUGAAAUAAUAAUUCAAGUUUUAUUCAAUAAUAUUUCUUGUUAUCAAGCGGAAGUGGUGAUCCUUACAGGAUCCCGGAUUUUGUGCUAUGAUAUUAAUGAUUCUUUGGUUAGCCCUGUUCAAGAGUACGAGUUUAUUCCGAAAAAAGAAAGUAACAGUGGUGGUGCUGGUCUGUUGAUUAAUGCAGCAAUGUCACAAAGCACUGUUAUGGAUCCAGUUUCUUUUUGUUUUGCCUCAGAUGACACUUCGAACUCAAGUCCAGAAUCAGAUAUAACACUUCUGAUUUUGACUUCAGAUGUUUCCAUCUAUCGAAUUUAUCCAUUUCUUCCCUCUACUUUGUCUGUUGAAAAGAAGUGGUUGACUAGUUUGUUUGAUACUACAGCUGCGCAAUAUAGUUCAAUUAAUGAUGUAUCUCUUCGACUGCAUCUUAAUAGGACUUUAAAAUUCACUGCAUCGUUAGCAAAUCUUUCAGGAACUAUCAUUACUAAGAGCCAAAUACCUAAAUAUUAUAGGAAAGGUAAAAUAAUUGGUCCCCUUCCAAUCGAACCUUUCUUUGAUGAACUAUACGAUCAGAAUGCAUUGCGGAUUUUUUCCUUAAAAAAUGGCCUUUUUUGCAUUGUACUUGAUCAUGCAGUUUUGUGCUUUUAUUACGAUUCCAGGAAUAUAGUCAUGUUUGAAAAAGAUUCACAAGUGCCUUCAUUAGAUAGCAUAUCCGUUAUUGAUACAUCAUUGUUUGACAGACAUUUCUCUAUUACUUCUGGUUUUGUAAAGCCCUUUACUUUGGAUGGAGCUAUACUCGUUACUUCUCAGCCAGGACUUUUAUAUGUUGAUUAUUCAUCAUGGAUGACUUAUUUAGAUCAAAAGAAUAAUACAGGUGGCAUGAAACAGUUUGAGGAAGUUUGGAUGACAGGUGAUCAUCUUCCGACCACUGUUAAUGUUCUUGGAAAAAUAAGAUUGGUCAGCUCCAAUAGUAUUGCACCCGAGAAACAGUCAUUUGAUAUUAACGCCACUAACUUGACGGAAUCAGUUCCAUUGGCAUCUUCACUCAAUCAAGUGUGGUUAGCAUGGAAUAAAGAGGUUUGCUUAAUUUCGGCCCUAAGUUCUUCUGACAACAACAACAUGACUAUUUUCUGUGUCUCCACACAGCCGUAUAACGUUCAAGAGAAUAAACAAGGUCCCGAAGAGUAUUUUUCCCCAAGUAACAAUGAUAUAAGCCAAUACGUUUCAAAAAUGAAAGGAGAUAAUUUGAAGUCGUUUAUGGAAGAGCACGAAAACAUUGAAAGGGGCCUUCUUAAAUUGAGACAGUUGGCCGCUCAAUACCCUAGUAAGGUAAUUGACCCAACAUCCUACGAAGAUUUAUCUUUAGUUCAGAAUUUCAAUGAGAUUUGUACGAACUCCACGAUUUCACUUUUCAAAGAAUUUUCAGCUAUCAGUAAGAAUCUCGCACAGAUGAAGGCUGAAUUGGCUCAACAGAUUACGACUUUGGAAAUUCUUAGAGCUAAACAAAAAGGUAUUCUUGAUAAAGCUAAGCUGCAGAAAGAUAAACUAUGUGAGUAUGAGCAAAAGCAAGAACGUAUUCAUAAUUUGGUUCAUAGUUUGAAGCAAACUUGUGAAAAGAUAGUGAGGAUUAGCUCGGAGGCAAAGGAUAUUGAUUUAUCGGAGCAAGAAGUUGGAUAUGUGAACCUGUUGAAUAUGGUCAGGAGAUUUGUAUUGGAAAAACAGGAUGAUUUGACAAGGUCGUCCGCAACUUUGAAAGAAAGCAAAGAGCAUGAAAAUGACAUUAUAGGUAAAGCGAAACUAGAAUAUGGAAAUUCUUUUUCUAAAAGACAACUUAAAAUUAUGAAAGAAAAGCUUGAGGCACGCAAAGCUUCGAUAACCGCUUUGAAAAGCAAUCUAGCUAAUAUGCGUGCCUAA